CGGCGGGCGACGUUCGAAUUCGGUUUAAACGCCAUUUAACGCAUUUCUUGUUCGACAACGAGCAUGGUCACGGACGGCCUCGCGCAGCACAAGCGCGAAGCCAUCGUGCGGAAGGUGCUCAUCGGCCUCUGCGCGUGGAUCGCAUGCGCGGCCAUGACACCCUUCAAGGACGGACCCUCUGACAAGUUUGCCGGUGGCAUGGGUUGCAUGGCGCUAUUCUUCUCGAUCAUGGACCUGCCGUACCACGCCCGCUUCAAGCGCAUCGUGAGCGGCUUCGCCGGCGCCGCGCUCGUGGCUGCCGGCGUCUGGGUCCUCACCAGCACCGACUGCAGAGGCGACUUGUGCAGCUACGCGUACGUCGCCGUUGCAUUUCUCUUUGUGACAGCACUCCUCGAGGGUUUGGCAUGGCACCUCGUAUGCCCGAACCUCGUCAUGGCGGCGGACGACGACUUGAGUCGCAAGCGCGCCGAGAUCUUUCUCUGCUACCUCCUCCGCGUCGACCGCAUCCUCUUGAGUCUCUACCUCGCGGCGGCCAUUGUCGUCGUCGUGACCGUCUCACUCAACGCGUCCGCAACGUUUGUGCUUGCUGCGUUUCUCCAGCUCCUCCAGCUCACGAGCACGUGGAUUCAGCUGCGCAGCGUGCGCAAGAGCCUCUCGAUCGAAGCCACGUUCGUCGAGGCUCCAUGAAACACCCACCUUUUGGGCUUUAGUACGCUAGUCAAUGUAUAUUCCCACUUGUUGCAGCUUGCAUACUUGAAUUCCACUGAUGCCAAUAAGAUAACGAG